UUGGAUUUCACCUGUUUUUUUUUGUUUGUUUGUUUUUCCAUGCUCAAGUCUGUGGUGUGUUCUGGAAGCUGCAACCUAACACCUGUGGGAGAGCAGGGACAAUGUUAAGGGGAGAUGUGGUCCCCCUCCAAAGGACUCUUAACCUCGUUCUAAAGACAAAGCUUCCUUCCUUUUUACAUAGAACAUCCCUUGUAAACCUGAAUCUCACCGUUUAUCUUUCUUCCUGUCCCGUUUUUUCUUCCAGAUGGUGAUGUUCAGGCGGCUUUGCAUUUACAUUUUUGUGUUGGUUUUAGAUUCGGGCUUGGGAACUGAGGCAGUGUUAAAAGUAAAACUGAAUGAGUGAUCUUUAGGGCAAUGUGUCUAUGAAUUUUAGCUUUUACUGCCUAUAAAACUGUUGUCUAACCUCUGAGAUCUUGCUGUGUAGUCAAGAAUGCACUUACAUUGCCGUUUAUGUACGUAUCUAUUUUCUUAUUUAUUUUUUAGAGUCCACGAUUCCACAGGCUUUCUUUUUUUGAGGGAGGAAAGGGUGUUUGCUUGUUUUUUUCCCUUAAUCCCUCAGGUGUGAAGUCCCAUUGGGUACCCUCUGGUCAGUUCCCCAUUCGGCCACUAGGAGGAUUGUGAGAUGCAGUGGACACUGCCUAUUUAAAUAUGCAUAUACUCAUCUGUGUUUCUGACUUGUAGCUUUAGUAUUGAACUGUUGUCUCACCAAGAUGAUCUGAAUUGAGCCUGUAUCAAGUUAUUUGAUCUUCAUUCAGAAGGAUCUUCAUUACUUUUAUCUCAGUUUCAGUUUCUGAUCUUGAUGAGAAAAUUUAAGGAUUAGUUAAUAUUUUCAUUUUUUCCCUUCUAUAAUAGAGAGGUGUAGCUCUGCAAAUUUUAGAAAAAAAUGAUAGACAACCUGCAUUUCAUUCAACUUUCUACUUUGUGAUUCCACAGUUAUAGGAAAAGACCCAAAAUGAAUAUUCCUUCACUGCUUCCAUUAAUAAAGUAACUACUUGAUUAGAAAGAAAUGACCUAUGCAAACAAAACUUAGAACAGAGAAUACAUACCAUUAGCACUCAGCAUAUUGCCCUCUAACUAGUUAACAUUGAUUUUUACUGUAUACAUUUGGAGUUGGGCUUUUUUGUUGUUGUUUUGUUGUUGUUGUUGUUAUUUUUUAAUUUAAGGUCUGAAAAAGAACUGUGUUUGAUAUGCAGAUAUGAUAGAAGACUGCCUGAAAGCUGCUUCCUUUGCCACUUCCUGUGGAGGCCUGUCUUUGCCAUUUGCGGUUUCUUUCUUCUUUUGGUCAGCAUCCCGCAAGGAGGUAGUAAUAUAUCCAGUUGUGAAACUGGGAAAGGCCAGAGCUCUCGGAUCAGGGAAACAUGUCCCGUCGGAAACAGACAAAUCCGAAUAAAGUUCACUGGGAUCAAGUAUUUGCUGGGCUAGAAGAGCAAGCCCGCCAGGCGAUGAUGAAAACUGAUUUUCCUGGAGACCUUGGCAGUCAGCGACAAGCUAUCCAACAACUAAGAGAUCAGGACUCCAGUAGCAGUGACAGUGAGGGUGAUGAAGAGGAGACCACACAAGAUGAAGUCUCUUCCCACACAUCAGAGGAAGAUGGAGGGGUGGUCAAAGUGGAAAAAGAGUUAGAAAAUACGGAACAGCCUGUUGGUGGGAAUGAAGUGGCAGAGCAUGAGGUCACAGGGAACUUGAAUUCUGACCCCUUACUUGGACUCUGCCAGUGUCCCCUCUGCCAGCUAGACUGUGGGAGUCGGGAGCAGCUGAUUGCUCAUGUGUACCAGCACACUGCAGCAGUGGUGAGCGCCAAGAGCUACAUGUGUCCUGUCUGUGGCCGGGCCCUGAGCUCCCCAGGGUCAUUGGGUCGUCACCUCCUAAUCCACUCAGAGGACCAGAGGUCUAACUGUGCUGUGUGUGGAGCCCGUUUUACCAGCCAUGCCACGUUUAACAGUGAGAAACUCCCUGAAGUACUUAAUAUGGAAUCCCUACCCCCAGCCCAUAGUGAGGGUCCCUCCAGUGCUGAGGGGAAGGACAUUGCCUUUAGCCCUCCCGUGUACCCUGCUGGAAUUCUGCUUGUGUGCAACAACUGUGCUGCCUACCGUAAGCUACUGGAAGCACAGACCCCCACUGUUCGCAAGUGGGCCCUACGCCGACAGAAUGAGCCACUGGAAGUACGGCUGCAGCGGCUGGAACGAGAGCGUACAGCCAAGAAAAGUCGGCGGGAUAAUGAGACUCCAGAGGAGCGGGAAGUAAGGCGCAUGAGGGACCGUGAAGCCAAGCGCCUGCAGCGCAUGCAGGAGACAGAUGAGCAGCGGGCACGUCGGCUGCAGCGGGAUCGGGAGGCUAUGAGGCUGAAGCGGGCCAAUGAAACCCCAGAGAAGAGGCAGGCUCGGCUUAUCCGGGAGCGGGAAGCCAAGCGGCUCAAGAGGAGGCUGGAGAAAAUGGACAUGAUGUUGCGAGCUCAGUUUGGCCAGGACCCUUCUGCCAUGGCAGCCUUAGCAGCUGAAAUGAACUUCUUCCAGCUACCUGUGAGUGGGGUGGAGUUGGACAGCCAGCUCCUGGGCAAGAUGGCCUUUGAAGAGCAGAACAGUGGCUCUCUGCACUGAACGCGCCUGCCCUCCCACUCACCCAGGUCCACAGGGAUCCGUGCUACAGCCAACCCUCAGGGCCCUGUCCUUACUGCCGGAGGCAGGCCUGGGUUUGUUGCAGGUGGACCUAAGCACCUCUUGCAUGUGGGAGCAGGAUGAUGGGGUCAGCAGGGAGCUGGCUUAAGGCAGCUCUAGACAAGGGAGUAGGCACUCCAGAGAACUAGACUCCCAGCCCACUGCUGCAGGGCAUGCUUAUAGGACUAUGGGGCCCAGUGUGGCCCAGGGCAAAUAAAUUAAUUUUAUCUUUA